AUGUAUAGCUAUAUGGUUAAUUAUAGAGAGGAGGAGAGGUUUGAUAGAUAUAAUAGAAAGGAUAGGAUGAUGUAUAAUAAGGUUGUAAAUCAAAUUGGUUACAGUCCACAAGAGAUUAGAGGUUUCCAGGUUCAGAAACAAACGAUGGAACAACAGAACAAACAAUUGUUGGAGUUGAUGGAUGUGGCCAAUGAGCGUUCCAGAGAAUUACCGCCCAACAGGAAAUCACUGUCCCCAACAUCAUCAUUUAACCUAAGUGUCCAGCAGCAGGACAAUAGUGGUGGAUACUACCCUCCGACGCCAACCACAUCACCUACAUCCUCACUUGGAGGUGGAGGCGGAGGCCGAGUCCAAAGCCAGGGCCAGGUCCAAACCAACGACAUUGACCUCCUAUCCGAAAUAUUGUCUCCAUCUAUCCAACAACAAUCAUUCAAUCAAUAUUCAUUCAAUCAACAACAACAAGCGCAAACAUUCCAAUAUCAACAAACAUUACAACAACAAUGUGAUAUCAUUCCACCAAUUGGUAAUGAACACAGACAUCAAUAUCAUAUUACUUAUAAUAGUAUUACAAGGAAUGAUUCGCAUAAGGUACCUGGCCACUCUGCCCGCACACUCUUCCAGAAUGCAGGAUUGUCAACUGAUUGCCUGGCCAACAUCUGGACACAAUGUGACCUUGAUCGUGAUGGACACCUUGAUCGCGAUGAAUUCAUCCUCAUGAUGCAUCUAAUCAACGCCGUCAAGAGUGGCUACUCCCUUCCAGCCGUACUCCCAGCACAUCUAAUUCCCGCUUCCAAGUUUAGCUGUUUCGGUUCCUCAAUCUCCAUGCCAUGU